AUGGAAUACCUGCUGACACUUCUAGAGACAACGAGCCUCUCCUUUGAACUUACGGUCAACAGAGAUAAGACCAAGAUGAUGAUAGUGGAUCGAGCUGAACUAAACCAUCCUGACAUCUCUAUGAUUGGCAACUAUCAUCCUAUUAAGGAAAUACGUGAAAGGUCUUUACAAUUGUUAUUGACAAAACUUCGCUUAGGAUGGGAAUUGGAAGAUGAGUUGGGAGGAACGAGAGAGCUGCUGCAGGCCUUACUUGCUUGGUUUCAAGUACAAAAACCAUCUUUACAACGUGAAGCUUUGGAACUUCUUCAUACAGUGGUUAAAACUAAAGCCGGAACUUACAUAGCUAAAGAAAUUGGUAUAGAUAAAAUAUUGUUAACAAUGAAUAAAAUAAAGAAUAAGCUAGUGCCAAAUUCUAUAGAAAUCUUUGAUGAUAUGAUGGAAACUCUUCACUUCUUAAAUACUAUUGACUCUCAAGCAAAUGUCACUAUUCCACAUCUUAAAUUACCUUCUGAUACAAGUUCUACCAGCAAUGGGUUCAGCAGUGGUUAUUACAAUUUAAGUUCAGGUAAAACUUCAUCAAAAGACACCUCAAUAAUAAUAAUUUGUAGCUCGUGUAGUCCUUCUGGUGUUAAUGUGCUGCUUUUGCCCUGGGUAGAUUUGAACCCAUCAGAUUUAAAGACAGUGAUUUUGAUUGGUGAUUCAUUAAAAGUUUUAAAAUCAACCCGUCGGUGCUGCAGAUUCAUACGAGAUGUCUUUCUAAGAGAUUUUCCAGUUGAAAUAUUUUUAAAUCGACCAGCUAUAGUAAAGACAUUAUUAGCUAUAGCCGAUGGGCAGUGUGGUGCACACCCUGAAGAAGCUUUGCACACUCUUCUUUGUAUAACGCAAUCAUUACAUAAAAGAUUUUCAACAUUGUUCUCCUUGGAUUUGGUUUCACAACCAUUUAAGUAUUCAGCUGAUCAUCAAGAAUGUAACGAUGACGUUAAUGCCGAACUUGAAUUGUAUGCAGACAAUUUUCAAUUGCAAGCAGAUGAUGCCCUGGUUCCAUUAAGACAGUUACCGGUUCCUAUAUUUGCAUUAGAAACUUUACCCACAAUACUCACCAUUAUGGCUUGUAGUGUGCUCUUGAUUGACGCAAAUGAUGAAAAUGAAGUAUUUGAUAUGAAUAUAUUAAAUACAAGCUUGUGUCUUGUUAAAAGUCUUAUCGAUUUACUACUGGUGAGUGUUAGUGAAGAUUUUUGGGUACAAGAGCAUAAAUCUAAAAUACAUCGAGACAUUGCCCAUAAAUCUUGUAUGGCUAUGCGCAUGCUGGGUGACUUGAUGACGAAGUUCAAAUCCUCAUAUGACAAAGAUUCUGAACGUACGCAUCACAGAGUCGCUUGGCUUCGUUUAGUUUCAUGCGCCGAAAGACUUCUGAAUUGGACAAAGGAAUCAUCCUUGGCACCUUCUUCACUAGUAGUCGCAAUCCAAGCUGCUCUCAUCGAUCCCGCUUUGGAACUUUUUUAUCCAGAAACUGCCGAAAAAUUGGCUGCCAUUCUAUUUAAUUCGAAGUUAUUGGUAGAUCAAGAGUACAAGAGCAAAUAUAGAGAACUUAAUAAACUGUACGUCAGCAUGGAUCACGCCGUCGAAUUCAUGAGGAUAAUCCAAUCUAAUCGGAUAUCAAAAAAUAUUCUAACUUGUAUUAAAAAUUCUUUACCGAUUUUACACUUGAACGUCGGUGAAAAUUAUUUAAAAGACGUAGCAGGAAUUUUGUUAAAAAAGUCUAAAGACCUUGAUUUUGACGAGAGUGAUUGGUCGAUAGCUCGAAGUAUCGCUUUAACUUUAAUGGCACAUAGCAUAGAAUGGGUGCAGAUCAGCUUUUAUAAAAUGUUAAAUGAAAUGGUGAAAUCCAUUUUGAUGGGCGAUGACGAAUAUCAAGCAGAAAAUGAAACAUGUUUGACUUUAAUAUGCGAUGUCGAAAUAUUUACUGAAAUAUGCUGUCACGGAUUAUCUUCAACACAGGAGGAGGUGGCGCGCGCCGCCGGGCAGACGCUGGAGCUGGCGCUGCGCGGGCGGCGCGCGCUGGGCGCGGCGCGCUGGACGCGCCUGCUGGCCGCCUGGCUGCCCGCGCUGCCGCUGCUGCACGCGAGCGCCGCGCACGACACGCCGCUGGGAAAGGCGAUCUGCAAAUCAUUGGAAGAAGAGAUAGUGGACUGUAUGGGUCUUUCGAAAGCAGAAAUGAUAUUAGGUCUCGUUCGACUGUUGUUCGUAAACUGCGCUCCAGUACAACUGGACGCUGCAUAUGCCCUCUGUAAACAAUUAGAUGAUGAGAAGUAUUUACCUCCACGCGAAUCCUUGCGUUCCGAUGUAUUACUGAAUGCCCUGAGACGCGUCAAACCACAGGACUUUAACGUUGAACAUUGCAGCUCUCCCUCGAAAGAUCCUCAGACGACUGGUUUAGUCCAGAUAAUGGAUGUGUUAAAACAAGACUUAGUUCUAAACGAAGAUACAUUAGAAUAUACAGCUCAAAGGGUCAGUCAGCCAGCGCUCGAGCCCUCUCUGCGUCGUAGCACGUUGCAACAGUUGGCUGUCUUGAUGCGUCAACAGGAAAUGCAUGAAGCAUUCCUACAAAAUGAUGGACUCAAUCUCGUCGUAUCUCUUCUCAGAUUGUCUUUAAUGGUAGAUGACUACCUAGUGUUUCCCGAAUGUGCGAUUAGUUGCGUAUCAGUCCUGAACAGUGUUUGUUUUGUGAGCAGACACACCUUAGCAAAAAUACCAGAUCUACCCUUACUCUUAAUCAGAGUGAUCCUGGUGUUCCCGGCGAACGAGAGCGGCGCGCUGCAGUGCGCGCAGGUGCUGGCGCUGGCGGCGUGGGCGGGCUUCGUGCUGCAGGAGCGGGGCCGGCCCGCGCUGCCGCGCCACGUGGCCGCCCGCAGCGCGCUGCCCUUCCGCGCGCACUGCUACUGGGCCGCCAGCCCGCACGCGCGCCACUCGCCCGUCGAGUGGUUGAUGUCGGAGGAGGCGUGGCGCAGCGCAGUCACCGUGCGCUGGUGGUGGGCGGCGCGCUCCACGCCCCUACCCUCCCCGCGCGCGCUGGACGCCCUGCACGCUGCGUGUAUUCCACACGCCUGCGCGCGACUAUUGCGUGCGUUGGAGAACGCGACCGCGCAUGCGCAGGUCACUGACGCGCUCGACCUGCUGCUGAGCUACGCGCAGCUGAUCCCGGCGGCCGGCGCGCAGGAGAUGGCGGGCCUGCCGUGGCAGCACGCGCGCCGCUUCCUGGGCGCGCCGCCCGCCUCUGCGCGCGACACCGCGCUGCUCGCCGCUCUGCUGAACUUCAUCGUCGCCUACAUGGACAACAUGCCGAAAGAAGGAGCUGCCUUGUCCUGGAUAAUAUCAUCGUUCAUCGGAAGCGACGCUGUUAUAAUAUCACUGCUCAGUCAAGAUCGUCUCUACCCGCAACAGACUCUACAAGAGGACAUAGAGUUGACACAAUUACGUAUAUACAUUAUAAAAGUUGUUUUGAGAUGUGUCAUACGUGUCGAGCUGCAAGGGGACUUCAGCUGUAGCAAAAUGGAAAGUCUGCUGAAAAUUCUACUGACAUGUUUCGAAAGAAUCGAUUUGAAGAACUUUCAUAUGCUUGGAUAUCUGAACGAGCUGAUACGGUGCGUGAGAUACGCAGCGUAUUCUCGGUACUGUAAGUUAUCGGAGGAAACUCUGAUGCACAGCUUACACGUGAUGACGCGCGUCCUGGAAGUGUGCGCAUCCACCGCGGGCCGCAAGGGGCAGGCGUGUCGCCUGGAAGCGCUGCUGGUGCUGCUUGCGGUGCUGAAGCUCGUGCAUGCAAAGGCAAUACCGCCGCAACGCUGGAGCGCGGCGUGGGAGGGCGGUGCGGUCCGGGCUGCGGUGCGCUGCGCUGCGGGCGGCGGCGUGGAGCUGCGCGCUGCGGCGCUCUACGUGCUGGCCGCGCUGGCGGGACACGCGCCGCUCGCCACGCAGCUCGCGCACUGUAUUGAAAAAGAGUCUCUCUCCCAAUACGCAAUCGAGAUGUUCUCUCGAGCCGGCGAAGCGAACAUAGUCCGAGCGGCGGCUGCAGCGUUACUUACAACUAUUACUUCGAAGACAUCCUCUCACACUCAGAUUUUUGAACAUGAAGUGUUACGAUCUUUGGAGGAAGGCAAUUUCAUGGAAGGAUGUCUGCAUAUACUCGUCGAUUUCCUUAACCAAAAAGAAUAUAAAAACUACUUAGAGCCAAAUGUACCGUUAUCACUGUUGGAACGUGAAUCAGAAUUUGAAGUGCGUGCGCAGAAAAACAACGAGAUUGAACUGUCACCAUGUCAACAAUUUGAAAAACCUCCCCCUACAGCAGCAUUAGUUGUUGCCAUAGCAGAUGUUAUCUACAAUAUCACUAUAUACAAAACAUCGCCCCUAAAAAAUUGGAAUGAACAAGGCCUGUAUAGAUUACUGUUCAAAUGCGCGUCGUGGAGCGGGGUCCGGGAGCGCGCGGCGGUGCGCGGCGCGGCGUGUCGCGCGCUGUGCGCCGCCGCGCCGCACGCGCCCGCCCGCGCCGGCCUCGCCGCCGCGCGCGACUGCCUGCACAGCUUCCUUGCCACACUCACUCCCGUCGACGAAGAGGAUAUGGAUUCAGAGUGUGUGUCUGCUAGUACUUACGCACUGCAUUUGCUCGCAAUGCUGUUGAGUGAGAGAGCGGUCGGAGACGUGCUGUGGGCGGAGUUACAGAGAAAAAACAUGCAACUGUUCCAUUUAUUGCUUCAAGCCUUGGAAAAUAAUGAUAAUGAUUUUCAAGAAUCAGCAAUCCACUGUAUAACAGAGCUGGCUCGCUCGAUCUCUCAUAAGAAAUGCAACGAUGCGUCAAGGGAUCAAUCUUAUCUGGAAUUUUUUGAGAAUUAUCUGUCACCGCAUCUUGAAAUACAACAUGACAGAUUAGGUGCAGGCGAUAGUGCGAGAAAUGAUUGUCAGCCGGAGUAUUUGGUUGAGGAAUUUUCCAGAAUUUUAAUGAACAUGUAUCAAGAUCUCACCGAUAAGAAUAAAUGUCUCGCUAGUCAAGACGAGCGCUGGCAGCGCGUGUGCGCAGCGCUGGCGGCGCUGCAGCGGGCGAGCGCGCGCGUCCGCGAGUACUGCGUGCACCGGCGCCUGCCGCGCGCGCUCGCCGCCGCGCUGCAGCGCCUGCGGGACGCGCUCUCGCUGCACGGGCGGCCCGCGGAAGUCAUUCGGAACGCGGACCAUGAACCCACUCUAAACACACUUGACGCAGUUCUCACGCUAAUUACCUCGUCGAUGUACGAGUGUCCUUCCGCUAAAGAUCUCUUCGCGGAGGACUUAGCGCCCUCCCUCGCCCGACUGUGGCCGUGGUGCAUGAUGACGGAGCGUUUAAGAGAUACGAUCAUGUGUCUGCUGGUUACCUUUACUAAUGGUUGUGCUAAAGCGUGGGGCGGCGCGUGCGCGUGCGUGUGCGGCCGCAGCGUGCUGCAGCAGGUGUGCGCGCUGGCGGCCCGCGAGGCGGCGCGCGCGCGGCCCUCCGCGCUGCUGGCCCGGGCGCUGCGCGUGCUGCGCCACUGCGCGCAGCACCACCACUGCAGGACUAUUAUCAUUAAGAGCGACGUGCUGUCGUGCACGAGCCGAGCGCGCGGCCGCAGCGGCGGGCACGCGGCGCACGCGGGCGGGCCGCUGGCGCGCCUGUGCGAGGCGCUGGCGCGGCACAGCGACGGCGCGGCGGCGCUGCUGGCGGCGCCGCGCCCCGCGCCCCUCGCCGCGCUGGCGCACGCCGCGCACCACCACCGCCUCGCCUUCCUGCAAUCGCCGGAACUUUUGGAAAUAUUAUCAGCUGGUCUUCUAACGGGCGACACUGCCGAGAUAGUUUCGGCGGCAAGAGCAGUUUGGGCGUUGGCAGCUAAUAACCAUCGGGCGAAACUAGUUCUGCGUAGUGCGGCUAUACCAGCGGCCGUGCAGUCGUCUCUACAGCGGCUACAAAGAAACGUGUCGGAUGAAGCGACACAGCGCGCUGUACAACUCCUCACCUACACGCUAACUGUGUUAAAAACUACUUGAAGAAUAACGAUCUUUAAGUUUGUUAACUACAAUUUAAUGAUACUAUGACAAUCGUUGAAAAUAGAUGUAAUCGCAAAUUGAUGUGUCGUCUUUUGACAGCUGUUUAUUGUGCCAAUUUAGUGAUUUUUGUUGGCCUUUUUCUAAUAUCGUUUAUUUGAUAAACAAAAUCGACAAACAACCUGUGAUUGCAACUGUUUUUUUUUUAAAUAACGGGAGUUUCCAACAAUUAUCUAUCUUAUAUAUUGACUAUGUACUUUACUGUUAAAAAACCUUUUAGUAUAUAAAUAUGUACUUUAACAACGAUGCUGACUGUAAUUUAGUAAUUGUAAUCAAUAUUUGUAUCAAUUUCUUUAUUUCAUGGUGGCUUUAGUAGCGAUGUUUAAAAAGAAUAUGAACAAGUAUUAUAUUUUUUACUACUAA